UUAUGGGAAAGUCAGGAGGAACCUUUGAUUUUUUUGCUAAAUCGUUUUUCGAAUUUGACCAAUAAUUUGAGUUUUUCUAAAAGCAAUGAAAACAGUAGGUACCUGAAAAUUGUCAUGAAAAAUCAGCUAAUAAUGCAAUGCACGGGUCAUCCCGAACGGAAUCAGGCUCUUAGCAAAAUUGUGCAAUUCUCCUUAGCCCUCUUGAUUUUUAUUUCAUCCCUGAGAGCGAUAUAUAUAAAGUAGAUUAAAUCAACUACGGAAACUAAAUGGGAUCUGCCCCAGGGCCUUUCUCUUCAAACGCCUCAUCUGUAAAGUUUAAUAAACUACGACUCUGAUAUCAUUAGCGCUAAAAAUAGUUGUAUCGUAUAAGCAAUAACAUUCUGACUGAACUACGAGGAGAGCAGACAACUGGAAUAUACUAGCCUGUACCAAUGGCUGGAAAUUUCAAAUAGUACCAGCGCAAGCAGAAAACAGGCAGAUUUUUGAAGCGAAUGGAAAUUUUAGGAGUGAAGUUAUGACUUCUUAGCUCCUAAAGUAUGGUGUUACGUGAAACAAGAAUCCUGAUUUGGCAGUUGGGGUGCAUGCCAGGGAUUCAAUUUCUAUACUGCAGCAUUGAAAAGCUGACAAAUUAUGGGUUAUAUCUAUUGAUUGUAUGGGAAAGUUUCGGAAACGCAUUUAUUAUAUAUCAGACUGGCGAAAAAAUAUCUAUGAAGAAUUGCUGCGGAAGUGGCAAAUACGGAUGAAAAUGACACAAUUUUAAAUAAAUUCGAUACAAGAUGGAGCAAGUGUAAUUCUAACCUAGAAUAUACUAACAUUUGCUGACGCUUCCCUGACCUACAUUACUUACUUUGGAUAGUCAUUUGUCAAGUCAAACAAUAUUAUUGUGAAGGGACUUCAAAGGGAGGAGACGUUUCGGUGUUAAAGAACCUAAUUAUUGCUUCCUCGAUCCUCCCCAAAUCAACAUGCUUGAAGUUUGCGUAGAUUGUAUUGAAUCUGUUGUAGCAGCAGAACAAGGUGGCGCAAGCCGUAUUGAGCUAUGCUCAGCCCUCAGUGAAGGUGGCCUAACACCAACUCUGGGUACACUUAAAACUCUCAAAUCUAAUCUAAACUGCAAAAUCCCAAUUUUCUGCAUGCUUCGGCCACGUCGGGGUAAUGAUUUCUUUUACACACCAGAAGAGAUACAAUCUCUUCUGUAUGAUAUCGAAUUAUUCAAAGAAAAUGGAGCGGAUGGAUUCGUUUUCGGAGCCUUGGAUGCCAACAGGAAUAUCGAUGUGGAAAAUUGCAAAACUAUAAUUUCUGCAAUUGGAAAUUUGCCAGUAACAUUUCAUCGUGCCUUUGAUUUGACUGAUCCACAUAGAAUGCAUGAAAACGCCCAACUCAUAAAGGAUUUAGGAUUCAAGCGGAUUUUAACGAGUGGAUUUGAGACCACUGCAGACAGAGCCAUCAAUGCCUUGAAGGAAUUAGUUUCACAUCAUGAAGAUCUCAUAAUAAUGCCAGGUAGUGGGGUGAAUUCCAAGAACUUAGAGAAGAUUCUACUGGAAACAAAUUGCAAGGAGUUUCAUGCUUCGGCGAGAGCUCAUGUAGCGAAUUCUGAUGAGAAUUCGGGGUCGAUUUCGAUGGGCGGUGGAAAAAGUGAUGCAGAACCGCGACAAGUUACUUGUUCUAGAAUUGUUAGGGAAUUAGUUGAUAUUGCCAAACGAUAUAAAUGAGAGGGCAAUAUAAAUUGACUUUAAAUAAGUUUAUGUUGUAAUUUUUAUGCAAAGGAAAUACGCGUUUUAAAUAAUCGCUUUCUGCAAUGUAUUUCAGAAAAAAUAAUAUUUAUCUACACCUUUUGAGUAAAUUCCAAUAUUAAAACGAA